UUCACAUCAACUACUGACGGAAUGUGCACUGUUACAAUGUGAAUGGCGUGUUAUUACCUGUGUGAAUCGUUGGACAAUAUGGCUGGUACCUGGAUGUGAUAACCUGUGGGUAGUAGACCUACUAAACAAUGGUUUAGAAAUGUAUAAUGGAACUAAGAAUGAGAACUAUGUCACGAUGACUGAAGGCGUGCAAACAUUUCUCGAAGAUUUAGGAUUGCUGCAGUAUUUUGAUAUGUUUGUCAUCAAAGGCUUCGAUUGUGAGGAAGACCUAUGUCAUAUAGACAGUGCAGAUCUAGAUUCCAUGACGAUAGCGGAUCCCGAUCAUCGUCGACAGAUUCUGCACGCAGCCCGACGUUUCAAACCAAGUUCAGAGUACAAAUUGUUGGAAUGGCUGAGAGCUAACAGUUUGGAUUAUUAUUUCCCCAACUUUGUAAACAGUGAGUCAGCCAAUGACCUGGACCAGAUAAAGACGCUAAACCUACCGGAUCCUGACAUUUUUGAUGAGUUAGAAAUCACACUACCCGGGCACAAGCGGCGGCUUGAAAGGGCAGUUAGCCGAUUGCGAAAGCGAAUGAAAACAACGGACCAGUCACCGGAAGAGCCCAUUGCACAUGGUCGGUGGGCUAAACCAACGGCAUUGCAGGAUGGCAAAUUUGAUUUUUUGGUGCUGGAUGCUACUGUGUAUUCUACAAAGGAUCGAAAAAAGUCUCACACACUUGAGUUUAUGAUCGAUUCCGGAAGUGACGUCACAACGAUACGAGAAGAGGUCCUGGAAGGCUUAGAUCUGGAAUUGUUGGGUCGAAUACAUAGUAAGGGUGUGCACGGAUCCAAAAGUACCAACCUGUACAGAGCUUACCUCCGAAUAGGCAACCAAGAACUACAGAUAGAGGUGAUGGGAGAGUCCUACGAUUCAUUGGGCAGUCGUGUUGUUCGUCACUUCAGACAUUUUAUUGAUGGUAGUCGUCAUUUAUGGUUAAAGGGAGAUUACUGUGAUCCUGAUAUGGCGCCACCUAGGACAGUCACGCCAUCUCCGUCGGAGUCGGCGAAUUCUCCUAGACUUCGGUCUCAAUCUUCCUCGUCCUCAUCAUACAUGCAAUCUACCUCAUCGUCGUAUCGAAGUACAUCAGAUUCGCUCUCCUCAUCGUCACAAAACCUGUCUCAAAGUCAAAGCCUCGAUGCUUCCCAAGAUAUUACCCUACAACCGGAAACGGAAGUGACGGUUGACAUCGCGGUGGCGGCAACAGCAGAUCGUCCUCAAUCGAUAGAGGAACAGUCACAAUUUGAAUUAUCUCAAGAUAGUGAUGAAGAAUUGUGAACAAAGUUAUUCCUGAAAUUAAGCAGACAGUGUAUUUAUGUUUUACUUCAUAUUACUACGUUGGUUGAAUUUUAUACUCUUUAUCGUUCCAAGCUUGAAUAUCUUGUACUGUAUGCAAUAGAGUUAGUGCCAGUAAAUGUGCCAUCCGUCCUUAUACAUGUAUGUACCAGUUAGCAGUUCAAACUGACCGUUAUGCAUUGUAUAUUUGUACUUGAAGAGACCGGAUCUCUGAUCUUUGUCAGUAGUUCGUAGCAGGCGAAUACGUCUACAACACCAGGAAAAUCCGUCCUAUUUUCUACGACCUAUAUAUCCUGUCAGAUCGUUCAUCGAUCUGAGUACCUGAGGUACGAUAGAGUACUUAUCGUGAAGUAAUAUUUCAAUUCGGAUGUUUCAUUGACCAAUCGAGACCUCGCAGUUACAUGGGUUACGAUUUUGCCAUGACGAAAUCGAAGUCGCUGUACUGUGCAUCACUAUUUGAAAGAAUCAAGCGAGAGCGUUACGGUAAAAUUUCCUGGCUUUGUAGUCGGGUUUCUUCAUAGGACAGGUAUCAGCCUAGCAGUUGGUCAAGUCCUUUUCAUCUAAAACCAACCAAAAAGUUAUUAACCUCGUGACGUCACGACAUCGUCCAGGGGUGUGGAGAGUAUGAGUGAUUUGAACUCCGGGAAAUUUCGAGAAUGUUCUACUUGAUGUUAAAGUAAUGCCGUUACAGUCAUCUACGUUGAGUUAUAAAACGUAAUGGUGAACCCAACUUGUCACAAACUUUCCGUGGAAUAUAUACCUUCCCUCCAGACUCCAUGUUGUUGUCUGCAAAUACAUGUAUGAUAAUGUUAUGCCCCGGAUACCAUCCGAUUAUACUGAAAAGAACUUUCGUUAUUCGUGUAAUCUUCGGCCACAUUGAUACAAGAUCUUUCUUCUAAAGGUACCGGACACAAGAUUUAUGUGGACUUAUAAAAGUCUAAAAUCCAUGGUGUAUAGUUAGUUAUACUACGACCUCUAGACUUAUGUAAGUCCUCCGUAUCAGAUGUGUCCGGCCCACGUCUUAGUGGCAAUCCGUUUUAAAACAUAUUCUUUAUAUACGCUGUGUAUAUUUAUGAAAUAUUUAUAAAGUGUUGUCAAUAUUUAUAUAUAUUUAUCAAAUGGUUAUAAUAUAAAUGUGUUUAACAUAUGUUAUCAUUAAUUGAAUAUAAUUCAUUGGAGCAUAAACCAAAUGUUAUGGUUAGUUUUGUGUGAAUUCGAGUGUGUCUACAAUGUUAAUCGGUAUCAGAGGGUCUAUUGGCAUACCUAGUGACACAGUGACAUCUGUGUGCGGCGAGUUACAUGUAUCUGUUCGUUGUAUGUGAAUGUAUAUGUAUUACCAUUUUGUAUUGUAUAUGUUGCAUGUGGUCAUCACUAUAUGGGAAUGUAAAGUUUUUAUUUUUCAAUUACUUAAUGCCGGAAUAUUUUCUUGAUUUUACCUAACAACAGGUUAAUUUUUAACAGCUGAAUGUCUUGAGUAUUUUUCAAAUUUUACUGUAUAUCGGGAUUUCUGAUUACUGGGAUUUUUCUUAUUGCUGAAUGAGCGAGAAUUGUUUUUCAAAUUUUACUGAACGUCGAGAUGUUACUGAAUUGAAGGAGUUUAUUAACCUUUCCUCUACUAUAUGACUACCAGUGUGAGUUAAUUUUUGUACAUCAAAAGAAUCACACGGCAGUGUAACGGUAACUUACCCGGCUUGGAAGCGGUGGAAUGUCCCUCCUCAUUAAUCUUCAUAGGACAGGUAUGGCCAGGUCGUUUUUACCUGAUACCAGCCAAAAAGCUUACCUCGCGUCUCCGGUUUUUGGAGAUGGACGUAUUGAUUUAAGCUUGAUAUGUCCAUAUUGUUUUCUGGAUGGAAUAUUGAUGGUACGAACAGGUAAUAUACGUCUUUGGUUAAACUAAUAUCUAAUUUAUCUGAGAGAAAAAGUCCUAAUUUUUCAAAAAAAUCCUGUCGAGACCUACCUUUGAAUCAGCACAUCUACUAGUAUUGACGUUUGGUAAACAUAUUAUUAAUUCCAAGAUAUUUAAAUUUGAUGUGCAUUAAAUAUUUUGUUAUAUAUAUGUUUUUGAUUAAAUACAUAUUUUUU